UUCGCUUCUUGUGAUCAAAUUACUUGAGAAACCUCGGAUCCAGUAUCCGCGUACGAACUGCGUGCUGCAUCUACUGCACUUGUGGGUCAAUCAUGGUUCGUAUUUCCGCUGCGUCGUGUAUUUUCCGCUGGUGCGGCGUUGCGAUGAUGUGGCAGCAGUUAGCGCUUUGUGUUGUCGGUUUGUUUUCCGGUCACCUAGAACUAGUACAAGCGGUACCAGCAACGUCGGUUUCUUCUGGAACACCAAGUGGAACAACAAGUGCAGGCACACUACAACCGAGGCCGAGCUUCGCCACUCUUAUGGCAGCUGAGGAGAAGCGGUUGCUGGAAGAGGACAUUAAGAUAACGGAGGAACGUAUCAAAAUGCUCGAAGAGAUGAAAGCUCAGCUGCCACCAGAUUCGCCACUGCUUGCCCCCUUGGAGAAUUUCGAUGUGGACGCGCUGCUCGACCCGGAUGUAUCCUUUUUGCCGACGGACAUACCCGAAGAUUGGCUGUUUGAGAGGUUACGGAUCGAAGACCCCACGAAAAGUCUCCUCGCUAACGUCGUACCUUCCGCAUCUGCAAACUCGAUCCACUCCGGCGGUACGCGGUUGUCGCACCUGCUGUUGGAAGUAGAUGAAAUAAACGUCGUUGGGUCUACUUCCUCGUCGACACACCAGGACCAGGACCGAACUUCGGGAGGUAGCGGAAGAAGUUCUGCUUCUAGUGCAACAGUUUUCUCUGCGCGGACGAUCGAAAACGACCUGCUGGAACAGAAAGUGCACACUGCGAUUCGCAACGCGACCGUCGUGUCGCCCGCGGAGCCGACUGCCGUGGCGGAGAGUGCGAGGGUGUUGUUGAACUACGAAUUGGUGAGCGCAAGAAGAGUGGGUACUAGCGCAGCAACAUCUAGAAGUGAAGAUAGUAGCAUAAAUGCCGGAAGUAGAACGAGUUCUUCUUCUUCAAUAUCCAGUGCGGUAGCUGGCGGCGAGAUCCCGCUUCUGUUCCACAACGCGACCAAUUUCGAGUUUCGCCUGCUGCGGGUCUACCCGAAGCGCGGCGCCAUUGCAAGGACAGGAGUGCGGAACAAGGGAAAUGCGCCUGCUCCUGCCGACCGAGGUAGCAAGAGCGCCGAAAAAUCUUCCGCAUCAAGAGCAUCCUCAUCGGAAAAUAACGGAAAUAAAACUGAUGGUGCAAAAACUACAAAUGAAACCGGUUCAUCUGCUCCUGCUGUGCCCGACGUGGUCCCAGAGUCAAUGUUUUUCGAUAUGUCGAGCCGGUUCGCGUUAGUGUCGCUUGACGGCGCGCCAGUGGAUCGGGCACGCGGUCCAAGCGCGGAUGUUGAACAAGCGAAGACAGAGAAUAGUAGACAGGAUUCCGCAGCCAGUAUUACGAUCCACCAGUUCCCCACGAACCUUACCGGGCCCAUCGAGCAUGCGGUCUGGCGCGGGGAAAAAUUGUACCUGGCGCAGCAGCACGGCGGGUUUGCGGUGCUGCACGUGAACGGCACCGUUUUGUUUCAAAAGAACCAGACCUGCGCGGACGGCGGACCCUUGCGCCUCAGCACGAGCGCCGUGCAGAAGGGCCGUGCGCUGGUGACCUGUCCGAGGGAGAGCAAAAUUUUCGUGUUUACGGAUGCAUUGGGGUCUUUGCGCGACAUCACGCCGGGACUGGUCACCCAGAAACUCGUGGACACGGCGGCGAUCCUGGAUUCUAUCCCGGGAAGACCACUGCGGGUGCUAGCAGCGUAAGUUUUGGUAGUUUUGGACGUAUUUGUUCUUAUUCGCAGCUGCGUUGUUGGUUUUCGAUUUCGUGUAUUGAGUCUUUCCUGCUGCAGCGGCCCAACAUGUUCCAGAAGCAAAGCGGCUCCUGCAAGCAAAAAAGAAUGACAAUCGUGGUUCUUGGGGUGUCCUCCACCAGGGUAGGACUAGAAUCGUAUUUCUAGUUCGCCUUUGCCGCGAAGGCCCGUUUAUUUCGAAUUUUUUAUUCACAUUCAGUUACACGGAUAGUCUGGUCUCCUACACCCUGACGAGUGGAGGUAGCGGCGUGCAGUGGGUGCUACCUCAGCCGGGGCUGCAUUCCCUGCAUCUGAUCAAGAGGCUGCUGUUCGCGCAGAAGCGGAACCCCCGCCGGGAUCAUGACAGGAGUGAUGAGAAGCUUGAGCUGUUCAACAUUACGGAGGACGAGCUUCCUCCCACCGUCGUAUGGACCAAGCGCGGCAUAUCAAGUUAUUCCCUCGGCAAAACAGUCCGGGACGACGUCACCUUGCUCUCCAUCACGGAAAAGAAGGAAGACGGGCGGGGCGGGAGCGGGACCUCGAGUUCGCUGAAAAAAGAGGGAACUAUGAACGAAGGGCGGUGGGGCAAGCAGGACACAACGCAGAGGAUAGCAAAAAUUUACGAGGUGGUCGAUCCGGGUUAUUUGCGAGCAGAAGCAGAAGAAGAAGCAGCAGCCUGGAAUGCAGGAGGCUUCUUUGGUACAGACAAUCACGAUCACCACUUUUUAGGAAGUUGUAGUAUUGGUGUUUUGCAUAUGUAGCACUGCAUACGAGCUGCUUCUCUUGUCAUCAAAAAACCAGGCAACAUUCGGCUUCCGACAAUGCUCUUUGUGGUUCUCGGCGUCCUACUCUACCAGUCUCGGUACGGCUCUCUCUCGUCGCUUCUCAGCUCGUCGGCAGGAGCAUCUUCGUCACCCGGGGGAACAAGCGCGACAGCAAAUUCCAGCCCCUACAAUUUUGGCGGCAGGAUUCGCCCGCCCGCAGGAGGUGCCGCGCCAGGCGCGUCGACUAGUAGCCGUUUGCCGCCGGGAAAUUUUGACGGAUACAACCAGGGCGCGGCGAUGAGCACGCAGGCCAUAGAGCAAAUGCGGGACGAGCUGGCUGGGCUGCGCAACCGCGUGAAAAAUAUCGCAACGGAUGUGCACGAAGGAGGCGGUGUCUUGGAUUGAGCCCAAAAAUGUGCUUAGGAGCAGAGAACUACAUGUACAUGGUUUUUCUCCGCUGCAGUAGACGAAGGACGCCUCUUGACAUCGAGCAACAUCCAGGCAGUAUGUGCUAGGGUGGAGUACUUUGUCUUUCAGGAAAAAUAUUUCAACUUCAAGAUAAAUCGGACGAUCCAGCGCAUUCGGACGAUAAGCAGGC